AUGUGUAUCCAAACAAGGGUAAUCUGCAUUAUUAAACCUUCCAAACAGUCUGGGAGGUAUAAAACAGACAGAAGUUCAAGGUUGCAGUGUCUGGAAAUGACCACUAAGCGGAAGCUGAUUGGCCGGCUGGUGCCGUGUCGUUGUUUCCGUGGUGAAGAGGAAGUGAUCUCGGUGUUGGACUACUCCCACUGCAGCCUACAGCAGGUCCCCAAGGAGAUCUUCAGCUUCGAAAGGACUCUGGAGGAGCUUUACCUAGACGCCAACCAGAUAGAGGAACUACCUAAGCAACUCUUCAACUGCCAGGCCUUGAAGAAGCUGAGCAUGCCUGAUAACGACCUGUCCAACCUGCCCACCACCAUUGCCAGCCUGGUCAACCUCAAAGAGCUGGACAUCAGUAAAAAUGGUAUCCAGGAGUUUCCAGACAAUAUAAAGUGCUGUAAAGGUCUGUCUGUGGUGGAGGCUAGUGUCAAUCCCAUCGCCAAACUCCCAGAUGGUUUUACCCAGCUCCUGAAUCUGACCCAGCUAUUCUUAAACGAUGCCUUCCUGGAGUAUUUGCCUGCUAACUUCGGCAGACUCUCCAAACUACGGAUCCUGGAGCUGAGAGAGAACCAUCUAAAAACCAUGCCAAAGUCCAUCCACAGACUGUCCCAGUUGGAGAGGUUGGAUCUGGGUAGCAAUGAAUUCUCUGAACUGCCGGAGGUAUUGGAGCAGAUCCACAACCUGAAGGAGCUGUGGCUGGAUAACAACUCUCUACAGUCUAUACCCGGGUCAAUAGGGAAGCUUCGUCAGUUGCGGUACCUGGACUUGGCUAAGAAUCGUAUUGAGACUUUGGACACAGACAUUUCAGGCUGUGAGGCCUUAGAAGACCUGCUGCUAUCCUCCAACAUGUUGCAGCACCUCCCUGACUCUAUAGGAAUGUUGAAGAAGUUGACAACACUGAAGGUAGAUGACAACCAGCUGACCUCACUGCCCAACACAAUCGGGAGUGCGAAGCCUAAGCAAGGUCUGUCUCUAUUGGAGGAACUGGACUGUAGCUGUAAUGAGUUGGAGUCAUUGCCUCCCACCAUCGGCUACUUGCACAGCCUGAGGACCUUCGCUGCCGAUGAGAACUUCCUCUCAGAGCUGCCCCGAGAGAUCGGUAACUGUAGGAAUGUGACAGUGAUGUCACUGCGCUCCAACAAGCUGGAGUUCCUUCCUGAUGAGAUCGGACAGAUGACCAAACUACGAGUCCUCAACCUAAGUGACAACAGGUUAAAAAAUCUACCGUUUACCUUUACCAAGCUGAAAGACCUGGCAGCUCUGUGGCUCUCUGACAAUCAGUCCAAGGCUCUGAUACCACUGCAGACAGAAGCCCAUCCAGAAACCAAACAGAGGGUUUUGACCAACUACAUGUUCCCGCAGCAACCACGACAUGAUGAGGAUUACCAGUCUGACAGUGACAGUUUUAAUCCUACUCUGUGGGAGGAACAGAGACAACAGAGGAUGACUGUAGCCUUCGACUUUGAAGACAAAAAAGAAGAGGAGGACAACUCUGGGAAGGUCAAGGUGGAGAUUAACCUGAAGCGCUACCCAACGCCCUACCCCGAGGACCUGAAAAAUAUGGUCAAGUCAGUGCAAAGCCUUGUGGGUAAGACUGUGCAUGCCAGCCAUGGCCACCAGCACCAGCUGAGCACAGGCACUGCCACCUCGGCGGGAACAAACAUGGAACAUACACACCUCAGCAAGGAGCCAUAUGAACCACCAUGGCCCCUGCCACCGAAAGAGGUGACAGACAGAGAGAUGCAGGACUUCUCUCAGACCCAGCUAAUGGAUCAGGGAUCAAUCCAUAACUCUGGCAUCGACAUUCCCAAGAGGAAAGACAAGGAGGAGCUGACAGAGAGCUCUGAGGACUCGAUGGGUGGCUCCCCCAAUGACAUCCGUAUCUCCGACAUGAGGCCCACACUGGUGGAGCCGCCCAUGUACAAACCUAAGGUGGUGUUGCUGGGCAAAGACAAGAAAGAGUCCACAGAUGAAGAGGUGGAUAAGCUUCACUGUCUCAACCACAGCGGCUCCUCAGCCACCUACUCCGACUACUCUCCCUCACAAGGCUCCUCCGGCUCCUCCAACCCACCUGCCAACACACACUCACACACACUCUCCCACACACAUGCACACACACCCGCCCUGCCGGCUCCUAGCAAGGAUCAGGCCCCACAGACGCACUGGACCAACAGGUUGGCCCAGUCAUUCCCUAAACCCAUCGACUCCAAGCCACUGCUGUCUCAGAGAGAAACCCCUCCAUCAGGAACCCUGCAGCAGCGUGGUGACCGACGCCCGCUCAGUGAGCCUUUUGAUUGGUCCGAGGCCCCUCACUAUGACAACACAGGUUUUGAUGCUGAGGAGUCUCCUCUGGAUACCCCGGCCCCUGCUGCUGGCCAGGGAAAUCCCCCGCUGGGCUCCAAACCUCGCAGCCAAUCAACUCACGGGCGUCGCCCGCUCCUCAGGCAGGAGCGAAUUGUAGGAGUCCCUCUGGAGUUGGACACCCAGACACUUCCUUUCCACAGCAACCAACGGUCCACCCCUGACAAUGACACCCCAGCCCCAGGACCUCCCCCUUCCCAGAACCCCUGGCAGAACUGGACCCGAACCCCCAGCCCAUUUGAGGACAGAACAGCUUUUCCCUCCAAGCUGGACCUCACACCCACCUCUAGCCCUAACCCCGACCGCAAGGAAAUGGAAUCAAGGGUAGAACAGGGGGUGGGGCCUUUGCCUGGCAACUGGAGUUACCGUGACAAUCAGGGGGAGCAGAACAGGAAGGAGCAGCUGGGAGUCAGCGGGGGCAACAAAGUAACCGUGGUAAUGAGUAAGAGCUCGGACCGUCUGUCCCCUAUGAUGAAGGAGAUGCGGUCCAAGUUUAAGAAGUCACAGAGCAUCGACGAGAUUGACAUGGGCUCCUAUAAGGUCUACAGUAUUCCCAUGGAUAGUUACAGUUCAUCCAUUGAGCAACAGACCAGUUUGGACCGUCCAGAGCUCCCUGGUUCUAUAGAGCAGACUAAUAUGGCCCGGUCUCAGUCUGCCCCCAUGUUGGAUGAUGAUCUGGGCUUCCCAGGAAACACUGGCAGCAACCACAACCAGCCAGGACAGAGUCAAAAACCUGUCAUCCCACAUAAGGCCUACCACUUUGACCAGAACUACAACCCCCAGGUCACCAUCGACCGCCGGGCUCCUCCUCCAUUUCCCAACACACCAGAUUAUGUCAAUCAGUCAGGGAAGACCUUGGAUUAUGCCAGCCAACCUGGAAAGACUUUACCCAAGGACUUAGUGAGCCCUCGUUACCGUGCAUAUCCACCACUGGAGAUGUUUUCCUUCCCCCAACCACCUAUCAAUCAGGAGGGCCCACCCACCCAGUCACAGCAACCUACCCCAUCACAGAGAUCCAGACCAGGGUUUUUGAGGAGAGCGGAUUCACUGGUGAGCUCUACAGAGUUAGCGUUGUUCCGCAGAGUCCACGAAGCCCAGCAGGAGGCACUACAAGAUAGUCAGUACAGACAGCAGGCUGACCCUCCCCUCUACGGUCGGUCUCUUGCCUACUCCACUCUCAUGGAGCACUCUUCUGCCCUCACCAACAUGGCCGAAAACCAGAGUCAAUUGCUGCACAAUAAGAGGAAUGGUCGUUACGAUGAUGACUAUCCUACGUACCAGGAGCAGAAGAAGCCCAUGAUUGGUUACCCAACCAAGAGCCUGACUCAGCGCCGCCCCCUGUCUGCCAGGAGCUAUAGUACAGAGACCUACGGAGCAUCUCAGGUAGACAUCUGUUUUACUGCCCGUCCAGUGUCAGCUCGUCCCACCAUGGCUGCCCUGCUGGAGAAGAUGCCUCCUGAUUACACCCUAGCAACCUGCCCAGAGAAACCAACUGAUGACACCAUCAAAAUAAGACCCGUGGUACAGCAGAAACCUGAAGACAUCACCUCCAAGAUGCCUGCAGAUUGGAGGCAACAGCUGCUCAGGCACAUAGAAGCCAAACGAUUGGACAGGAGUGGUGUCCUAAAGCACAACACGCUCACGCUGGGCAUGCUCUGUCAGGGCGGGGGUCACGGCCAGGGGCGCAGCAGCACUUUGAACUUUAACCUUUACAAUAACACUAAGCAUGAGCCCCCUGCUGGCCACUGGCUGCCACUACCUCCACCUCCGUCUGCUAAUGCCACCCCCUCUCAGCAGGGUACCAUGCUGGAUAAUGACCAGGAGGGGGUGUCAGUAAGCAGCCAGUGGGCUCCCUACUCGCUUGGCAGGAGGGACGUCCCACCUGACAACAUCAUCAAAAAGAGUGGACACCCCCACAACCCCUCCCACCAAUCACAUAACACCAUGAUAGUCACCUCCUCUUCCUCUUCCUCGGCCACGCCUCCUCAUCGUGUGGUUGGACAGCAAGGCUAUGAAGGUGCGAUGAUGAAUAAGGGAGGGCAAUACCAGUCAGGCAUGGCCAUGUCAAUUUCUCCCUCUGGGGGAGCAGGGCAAUACCAAGGCACCCUGCCACAAGGUAUGUCCCUGGCCCUGCCUGCCCCCAGCCAGCCUUACCCCAGUGCCGGCCUGUCCAUGUCCCUCUCUCCCUCUGGGACACAGCCACAGUACAACCCCCACACCUCCCACUCCUCCCAUCAGCCGUCCCUGCCAGCCACCAAUCCCCAGUACCACGGCAACCAGGGCAUGGUCCAUAGCAACCAGGUCAGCAUGGCAACCCACACCAACCCACGGCCCCAGAGUGCUCGCUGCCUCCUGCAGACUAAAGGCCAGAAGAGCAUGGAUGGUUUCCAGGAACAGCUGUGUGUGAGGAUAGAGAAGAAUCCUGGUCUUGGUUUCAGUAUCUCUGGUGGCAUCAGUGGCCAGGGGAACCCCUUCAAGCCCUCCGACAUGGGUAUCUUUGUUACUAGGGUACAGCAUGAUGGGCCCGCUGCCUCCGCUCUGCAGCCCGGAGACAAGAUACUGCAGGCUAAUGGACAUAGUUUUUUACACAUGGAGCACGAGACAGCCGUCUCUCUGCUGAAGAGUUUCCAGCGGACAGUGGACUUAGUGGUUCUGAGAGACAGCAGCACGCGCUAA